UUUUUCUUGUUCGGAAACGGGUCUUGUGUCUUACCUGGGUCAAACAUUAGACUUACACGACGUGCACUCACUAAAACGUGUCAUUUGUAACUGGUUAGGCCACGCUAAGUUGAACCGUAGACCCGAAACAUAGGUCGUACGUGCCGCUGGGUGAACCUAAAGGUGCAGUUGUAAGUGUUGCAUUAAAUGUUAUUAUCCGGGUGGAUAUCUGAAGUGACAGGAGGAAUUAUUGAGAGCUAGCAUUGUAUAGGUUGUCAGAGUUUGUUACUUGCUAGUAGCGCACAGUUAUCAGAAAACAGUACCUUCAGCUCCCGUGUAACUGCUCUGUUUUGCGGGCAAGUGUCUUAGCUUAAUGUAAAUGAUAUAUAAAUGCAGUACCUCAUUCUUUAACAGCUCAGUGUUAGCCGUGGAGCUAACUGAGCUGAUGACGAGGUAAAAAUGGCGGAUCUUUCGAAAUCCAACCCCGGCCUGAAAUAGUAACGCAGCCAGCAAACAGCUUGUCGCUUUCUCCCCACUCUUCGCCCCAACCGGGAUCACUCGUCGGGGUGUUUUCACAGGAAUGAGUGCAGCCCAGCGCGGUUUCUGUCGGUCGCUUUCACCUGGAGACGUGAAAACAAACGAUUAACAGAGAGCUGAGACUUUGCAAGCAUGGAUGUGGUGUCACCAGAGCUCAACAGCCUCCUUCCUGAUGAAAUCAUGGAUACCGAGGCCAUAGAGGACGUCCCUCACCCCCAACCCGACACCACCACAGUCCAGUCAGAGCCCAGUGACGACACAUCGGUCCCGAUGGAAACGGAUACACCCGUGGCUUCCGAAGAUUUGAGCCUGUGCUCAGAUGCCGCUUCAACAGGACCCACUCAGGCUCUGACCACCUCCACGGCCACAGACUCUACACUCAGCAUCAGCUCGGGAAGUCAGAUUCCCAUCUCAAUUUCCAGUUCGUCGUCACCCCUUCUCACCCUCAAACCAGUCCUGGCUACUUCUACAGCCACCACCAAAACUACAGAUAGUGUGACUGGGACUAGUGUCACUACAAGUGGGUUACAGAAGCUCACGGCUCCGUUCACCAUCUCCCCAGCAAACCACCAGAUCAUUCUCAACAAGGUGGCCUCAUCUCAAGCCACGGAAGCAGCAAAGUCUUCAGGUACACAGCCCCAGGUCAUCAAACAGGAAGGACAAAAACUCUUGGUUACAGCAAUAGGAAAGUCGGGGCAACCUAUAGUGCUGCAGUUACCCCACACAGGCAGCAAGCCUGGCGUGGCACAGACUUCAGUAGACACCAAGUCUCAAGCUCAGCAGUUUAAAGUGGUGACCAUCGGUGGGAGGUCGGAGCUGAAGCCGGUGGUGGGCAGUGCUGGCAACCAGGUGACCACAUUACAGGCCCAGCAGCUGAAGGCUGUGCAGAUCGCUAAGAAAACACCAGCAUCCUCAGCUGCACCAAUCAAGUUUAUCAUCACGAAGACGGUCAAUAGCAAAGGCCUCAGUCCUCAGACAUCAGUUCCUCCUGUUAUUGCUGGACGGGUCCUGACACAGAAUUCCCCAGUGAUGCCCCCGAGGACCAUUACUCUCUCUGAACCCCACAACACUAGUAUACAGAGCAUCCCUGGGAAAAAGAUUGCUAUUUCACCUCUUAAGACUCCCAGCAAGGUAACCGUGGUGUCUGUGGCGUCCCCGACUUCAAACACCUCUCAAAAGUCAGUAGCGCUGCCUGUCAAUGUAGCACUUGGCCAGCAGAUCCUCACAGUCCAGCAGUCCACGUCUGCAUCUCCAGUCAAGGUGGCCACCAGCCAAACCACGGCGCAGAAUAUUAAACCAGUGCAGCCUGUGGCUGUGGGAGGAGUCGGUGGCUCCCAGUUCAAGACCAUCAUCCCGCUGGCCACCCAGCCGAAUGUGCAGCAGAUUCAGGUGCCAGGAAGCAGGUUUCACUACGUCCGCCUCGUCACAGCGACCACAGCGAGCAGCACAGGACAGCCCAGUGGUCCCAGCACCAGCUCCAUACAGACAGCUAAACCCAUGGUGGUCAGCACGGGAGCCGUGAGGAUGUCUGUCCCUAUCGUCCCAGCACAGACCAUGAAACAGGUUGCACCGAAGCCCUUGACACCAGCAGCACAAGUAGUAACCACCACUCAGACCCAGCAACGCCUGAUCAUGCCCGCAACUCCACUACCGCAGAUCCAGCCCAACUUCACCAACCUCCCUCCAGGCACCGUCCUGGCACCAGCUCCCGGAGGCGGGAACGUGGGCUAUGCAGUUGUGCCAGCACAAUAUGUUACACAGCUCCAGCAGUCACCAUUUGUGACCCUCGCCAGCAGCUCUGGUUUCCCUGCGCCCACUGGUAUCCAGACUCAGGCCAGAUUGCCACUUAACGGCUUGUCAACAGCAGAAACAACCUCACGACCAAGGAAACCAUGCAACUGCACCAAGUCACAGUGUCUCAAACUCUACUGUGACUGCUUUGCAAAUGGAGAGUUCUGCAAUAAUUGUAACUGUAAUAACUGCUUCAAUAACCUCGAACAUGAAACAGAACGUCUCAAAGCUAUAAAGACGUGUCUGGACCGGAAUCCGGAGGCCUUCAAGCCCAAAAUUGGUAAAGGCAAAGAGGGGGAGUCGGACCGCCGACACAGCAAGGGCUGCAACUGCAAACGAUCGGGCUGCCUGAAGAACUACUGCGAGUGCUACGAGGCGAAGAUCAUGUGCUCGUCCAUUUGUAAAUGCAUCGGCUGCAAGAACUUUGAGGAGAGCCCGGAGAGGAAGACGCUGAUGCACUUGGCCGAUGCAGCAGAAGUGAGGGUACAGCAGCAGACCGCAGCCAAGACCAAGCUGUCCUCACAGAUCUCAGACCUGCUCAUGCGGACCACACCUGUUAUUUCAAGUGGAGGCGGGAGGCUGCCAUACACGUUUGUAACAAAGGAGGUGCUCGAAGCGACGUGCGAGUGUCUGCUGGAACAGGCCAAAAAGUCAGAACAGACUCAUCAGCCUCAGGCCGAAGCAGAGAGGAUGAUCCUGGAGGAGUUCGGACACUGCCUCAUGAGGAUAAUCAGCUCCGCGGGGAAAGCCAAAGCAGACUGCGCCUCCAUCAACUGCUAGGCCAAGCGCUCCUGAGGCCCGACACCCCCCAACCCGCCCCAGCCGUGGGGGCAGAGAGGCACUCGGCACUCUGUCUCGGACCCCUGGGGUUUCUCUCCCGCAGGGAAACAGGUUGUCUCCCUCAUCAAAAGGCAGAACAAAGGCCUGGAAGUAGACGGAUUCCCCUGCCUGGGCCGAGCUAAGGCCAGCUGGAAUAAUAAACAUGGAACAGUUGUCUGCACUGUUCAUCUACUAACUGAAGGGACAAAUGGACAGAGCAAACUGCCUCUGAAUGAUCUGCCUUCGAAACUGUUUCCACACUCGUUCACCUGGCUGUGAUGGACAGAAAUGACUGAGCAAGGUAGUGCUGAACAGGAUUUUAAACAUCUCUACACUUUACUUUCCCUACGAGGCCCCGUCAAAUCUGUUUUCUUCAAACUUCUGUUCUUCCAUUUUUACUCUGUUUUUCUUUCAUUCUUUCACAUUUUGAGGUUUUUGAAAAGAAUGCCUGUAAUUUUUAUGUAAUUAGUACAUUUGUGCUUACAGUAGAAAAACAGAACAUGUAUCUUUUGAUAUUUAUUUUGACAAGUAUUUGUAAUCAUUGUGAGCGCUAAUACUGUGUGGCUUAUAGUGCUGCAAACUGUUGAUUAUUAACCACGGCUAGGCUAAAUUGUUUCAAUUAAAAAUGAGUAGAGGCAAUCUUAGGGUUUAACCUAAAUGCAAUUGUAAGAUGAAUGCACUCACAUAAUGCAUUAGACGCGCGCGCACACACACACACACACACACACACACACACACACACACACACGGCCACUGACAGCACUGCUCAGAAUAGUUGGCUAGAUUGGCAGAGGUACACAUUUCUUCUGGUGCUGUUUUCUGUUUUAUUAGUCACAUGCUUAUUGUCCAUUAAAAACCCCAUUCAUUGAAAAAAAUCAUUGAGACUUGUUAAGUGUUGUCCCUGACACUUGUUCCUAAGUAGAAGAACAGAAAAGCAAAUUUUAGUUACCUGAUCCGUCCAAGGCUGCUCUGAUGGGGCACAAAUGAACAAAUCUCAGAGCAGGAAAAGCACAGGGGUAAUUAAUAAGAUUACAAAUGGCUGCGCUUCCCAAAUCCCGGUGUUGCUGAUGUUUGCUGGCUGUGUCAGAACUGCUGGUCGGACGCAACUAAUGGUCAUUUUCAUUAUCGAUUUUAUCUGACAAUUGUUUUCUCCAUUAAUUGGUUUGUCUGUAAAAUGUCAUAAAAUAGGGAAAAAAAAGUUUGCAUCUUCGAAUGUUCCAUUCGACCACCAGUCCAAAACGCAAAGGUAUAAAAUGGAGAAAAGUAUCACAUCCUCGUACAGUAUUUGAGAAGCUGGAACCAGAAAAUGUUCAGUGUUUUUACGAUUAUUCGGUUGUCAAAAUAGUGGACGAUUAACUUUCUGUCGAUCGACUAAUCGUUGCAGCUCGAACAACAAUUUCUGUAACUUUCUCUUUUUUCCAGUCAUUACAGUUUCACUAACAGUUUAAAAAAAAACAACAACUCUGAAUGUCUUCCAGCAGAGACUCACUGAAAAUGCGCACCAGCAUCCCCAUUUUUAAACAGCAUUGCAUCGGCUCCCCGUCUCUACGACGGCCGGCUCUUCGCCCCACGUUUGAGUGAAGCCGUUCAGAAACAACUAUAAACACGUUUGACUUCAGAUGGGGUUGUAAAACACCAACAUCCCAACUGUCUCCUUUCUAGUCCAACCUGAGCCUUACUGGGACUCUUAAGGGCCCUGAUCAGCUUCUUACUGUGAGUGAAGCUCCCACAGUAACACAGUAUCUGCGUCGUAGUUUUGGUCGACUCACACGACAGUUUUCCGCAUCUGUGUGUUUUUCUCUGUGCUCCUCUCCCUGGUUUGAAGUGGGAAUGACUCAGCUGACGUCACCUUGGUUCCUUGCACCGAUCAAAAUCUGAUGACAGGUGUAGGGUUUUUUGCUGAUUAUGGCUUCUGUCAAUCAAAUCUGGUGAGACAUCGCAUCCAUACAGUCCUGAUGAAGCAGAUUAUCUUAUUUUGCGAGUGUUAAACCCAAUAAAAUUAUGAAUUAGUCCGGUUUUAUUCCAAACUUUGAUUGUUGCUUAUGUAAUCAUGCAUAUUUAGUGGUAUAGAAAAAUACUUGAGGGCCCUAAAGGCUUUAUGUCUGAAAUAUUUCUCUCUAACAUCAAACAUUGAUGACUAAAAAAAGAAAACAAGCAAAGGAGAUUAAAAAAAAAAACUGUAGUUUAGAGAUGCAACAGUAAGUCGA